AUGUGUUUUACAGCUAUCGGUUCGGUGUUGACCGAAAUGGUCGACAUAUUGCAGACGUCCACCCAAUACAUGACAUUGUAUACUACAUUCACAUCCGUAGGCUUUCUAUUGGGAUCGUUAUUCGGCUUUCUGAUUAAAUACCUAAACCGUCAGCUAGUUUUGGCCAUAUUUUUGGUGGCAAUGGCAUUAGGAACGGCAUUUAUACCACACUCGCCCAACCUUUAUGUCCUCUAUACAUGUGCUAUAUUUUUGGGAAUGGGCACCGGUAUCAUCAACUGUGUGGUCAAUGUGUGGAUCAUUGAAAUGUGGGGCAAUAAGAGUGCGGCCAUACUUCAGAUACCGGGCUUUACGUUUGGUUUGGGAACUGUAAUAUCGCCUCUACUGUUGAAACCAUAUCUUAGGGACCCGUAUUCUGGUCCCAAUAGUAACAACGCAACAACUAUUGUGCCAAUAGUGUCUACAGUUGAUCCCGUAACCUAUGGUUAUAAUCUAGACUAUGAGGAACAUCGACGGGAACUUCUAAAAGUGCCGUUCCUUAUACUCGGUAUCAUUGAAAUGAUAUUUCCUGUAUUACUGUUCAUUAUGUUUCUCGUAAAGCGAUAUCAACCCGUCAUCGAUGAUAAAGUGGACAAUAAAAGUGUUGACAACAACAACGACACGAAGUCUAACAAAUCUAUUGCUAGUAAAGAAAGAGAUGACAGUGAAAGUCUAGACAAACUGUUUGACAUUUAUCCUCGUUAUCGAUGGCCAGCUCUAAUAUUGUUGGCCAGUUUGGUCGGCAGUUUUAAUCUGUUUGAGGCCUCCUAUUACACGUUUGCAUCGACAUAUUUCCAGUACAGUCCACUGGACAUAUCGGCCUCAAAAGCUACUGAAGUUAUCACAGCGUUUACCACACCGUACACUGUGUUUCGUGGACUCAGUGUAUUCAUCGCUAUCAAAGUGUCCACAAAAAUUAUGCUGUCCUCGCAUUUUGUCAUCUGUUGCAUAGGAAUAGUGUGUCUUGCAUUUGGUCGCACAAACAUGACUAUGCUAUGGGUGGCCAAUGUUGUUAUCGGUAUCGGCAUAUCGGCUAUAAUACAAUCGGUGUUUGCAUUUGUUGGCCAACACAUACGUAUGACAAAUAUGGUGGGAACAGUACUGAUUGUGUUUAUGUCAUCAUUCAAUAUAGCACCGCCCUAUAUAAUCGGACUGUUCAUCAAACAGUUUUCCGAUAUAUUCAUACUAAUUGAAUCGAUAGCACUGGGAGUUAGUAUUGCCUUAUUUGCCAUAUUACACGAUACUGAACAUAUCCGAGAAGAGGCAAAAAAAUUGUUAUAUAUUUCGGCAAAUGAAGAAAAUAAGACAAUAAAUGACGAAGAGUUGGGCUAUUAUUAUAUGAAAUUACAUGAUUUUGAUGGCAAUGAUAAACUCGAUGGAAUUGGUUAA